CAGUUGGAACUUCAAGGCUUGUUUGUCAUAUAUACACAUACGUGUCUUGGGGUCAGUAUGGAGGAUGAGGAGGCUUGCCUGCUGACCCCCACGGAGGCGGAGACACAGAGACGCUGGGACGAGGAGUACAGGAGACGCCAGGAAGAGUUUCAGAGACGUGCACAGACUGCCUUAGACAGAAGACGUUAUUUGAAGCAAAAGGUUACCGAUCUGAACACACGCUGGAGGGGUUUGGAAGAUCGCAGGCAAGCACGUGAGCGGGACUACUUUCGCCGAUGCGUAACGACGUACCGCCAGAAUACGUUGUAGAAACAUGAACGUCGACUCAUAACUUUACCAUUCCUGGUAUAAAUCAUCCUGUAAACAAAGUGGUUGUAAUACAGCUUACGGAGAUGUAAUAAACGUAUAUUUUCA